AUGGAUAUCUUCCUGGACAUUCUGGAUACAUUGGUACUCGACCGGUGCUACGCACUACUUUCGCCGGACCCAACAGCAACUUUCAAUAAUAAUACUCUACCCGCUGCCGAUUUGAAUCGACAUGUCCGCGUUUAUUACCCCAUGCAGCCCUCAAAGUGGGCAGAGGCAAGCCUUUGGAAGAGAGAUGAUAUUGCCAGACAAGCAUUGUCGUUAUAUGUGAUUACAUGGCUUUUCGCAAUGAUCAUGUACCUCCUUGGUAGCCUCCUACUAUAUCACACACUAUUCGACAAAAGACUUCUCAAACACCCGCGAUUCCUUCAAGAGCAGAUCAAACUCGAGAUCAACCAAGGAGUCUCCGCAAUCCCAGUAAUGACCCUCCUCACCGUCCCCUUUUUCCUAGCAGAGAUCCGGGGAUGGUCAAAGCUAUAUGAUUUCACCAGUGACUCGCCGUUCUUCGGAUACACCUUACUUCAAUAUCCAUUGUUUAUCUGCUUCACAGACAGUGGAAUUUACUGGAUCCAUCGUGGUCUGCAUCACCCUAUCAUCUACCGCUGGCUUCACAAACCACACCAUAAAUGGGCAGUGCCGACACCGUUCGCUAGUUAUGCGUUUCAUCCGCUGGAUGGAUGGUCGCAGAGUCUGCCUUACCAUUUCUACCCGUUCAUUUUCCCGUUGCAGAAAGGUGCAUAUCUGGGGCUGUUUAUUUUCGUUACUAUUUGGACGGUUUUGAUCCAUGAUGCUGAGUACAUGCCAGGAUCGGAGAUAAUCAACGGCGCUUCUUGUCAUACGAUGCAUCACUUGCACUUCAACUAUAAUUAUGGUCAGUUUACAACAGCAUGGGAUCGUCUCGGAGGGACAUACCGAAGACCCAAGGGUGAUAGCUUUAUGGAGAGCCAGGAAAUGAAUGGGAAAGAGAAAGUUGGAAAUAAGCGUGAUUGA